CCUCCCAGGCCCCACCCUAUUGCUGACCAGCGACAACAUCAAGCAACAGCUCGGCUCCGCAGCGCUGGACAGCAUCCACGAGUAUCGGUUGUCCAGCUGGCUGGGCCAGCAGGAAGAUGUCCAUCGCAUUGUGCUCUAUCAGUCAGACAGCAGCCUGACGCCCUGGACUCAGCGUUGUAUCCGGCAGGCCGACUGCAUCCUGAUCGUGGGCCUGGGGGAGCAGGAGCCAACUGUUGGAGAGUUGGAACGGAUGCUGGAGAACACGGCGGUCCGAGCUCAGAAGCAACUGAUCUUGUUGCACCGCGAAGACGGGCCUCUUCCUUGCAGGACUGUGGAGUGGCUCAACAUGCGGAGCUGGUGCUCGGCCCACCUUCACCUCCGAUGCCCCCGCCGAGUCUUCUCCCGGAGGAGCCUGCCCAAGCUGAAAGAAAUGUAUGAACGCGUCUUCCAGAAACCAGCCGACAGGCACUCCGACUUUUCCCGGCUAGCCCGCGUCUUGACUGGGAAUGCCGUGGCUUUGGUCCUUGGAGGAGGGGGCGCACGGUAAGAGUGUCUGGGUGCUUUGAAAGGCCUUCUCCUUCUCUGUUAUCUUCUUCUCCUGCUCCUUGACUGUCUUCUCUUUCUUGCUCUUCUUAUCUAUCAUCUCCU